GACAAAUUAACUGUUAUAAAAGAUUCGAAUUGCUAUAAACGUGAUUGGUCGACUAAUCUUCUCGAUUCUCGCUUUCCGCAGUUAUCGAUUUAUCGAUACCGAUGAUAUCUGACAAAUAAUAAGUUUAUUUUAUCAUAGAAAUAAACAGUGCCUUGUUUUUAAACAAUUGGAGAAACUGGAGAAACAAUGGGUUUGUUCAUAUCAUUUGAAUAAAUAAUUAAGCAUAUAUUUAUCUUUCAAAUAUUAAUGACAUUCUGAGGGUAUUGACAAUUAAUAUCUAUCUUAAUAAGUGUCGAAGAAAAUAUGGAACAAAGUUCUAAAAACGUAGAGGAUAAACUUUUCGACGAAAUUAUCGGACACAUAGAAGAUAUUUUGUUAGAAGACGAAUUUCACUCUAUUCAAAAAAAGUUUUUAGAUGAUUAUUGGGAUGUUUUUGAACCUGUAGAGGAAAAUAAAUUAAUUUAUACAGAUAUAUUUAACGAAUAUAAUAAGGCAGUGGAAAAUUAUAUCGUUAAUUACUUACAGAAGCUUAUACCACAUUUUAAUAUCGACACAUUUUUAGAACAUCUAAAUAAUAAGCAAAAUGAAUUGGAAGGUGAAGUUUUUGAAGUGUUAUCAACUUUGACAGACUUUAUGUCCUUCAAAGAAAUGUUUCUUGACUUUAGAGCUGUAAAAGAAGGAAAGGUUCAAGAUCUUAGUUGUGGAAUAUCUGUUACAUCUCUCAAAAGUAAUACGAAUGAUAAUGAUUCUUUCGGAUAAAAAAUUUUGUCAAAAAAAUAAAUAUUUUAAAUAUAUUAAAGAAAUAAAUUACCUGUUCACUAAUUGUA